CCGUGCGGCUCGGCCCCGGUGUGUCCGGGACGGCCCAGGGGGGCCCUGCCGGAUUCCCGAGCCCACCUGCCCCCGGUUCCGCACCCGCGGUCCCCGCGCCCCCCGCCCCGCACAGCCCGGGAUAGGCUGAAGGCUGCCGGCACCUAGCGGCUACUCGGGAAAAGCAGAAACGGGUGAAAGCCCCGGGUGCCUCCUGGGACCCGACCCUGUCAGUCCCCGCAGCACCGGGCGAGGGCAGGAGCCCGGGAGACAGCGGGAAGUGAGCCCUGUGCCCGGGGGACAGUCCCCGAGCAUCCCUCAGGGCUGGUGACCCCCGAGCUGCACCCUGGGGCAUCUCAGUCAACAUCGGGUUUGGGACAACCUGUCUGGAUGUGGCAAGGGGUUCGUGGGCACUGCAGUGGGCUCUUGGGCACAGCACAGGUGUCUUGGAUAUGGCACAGGGCCUGGUGUGGGGGUUAGUGUAGUGGGUGGGACAAGAGGAGCAGAGCUGCCUGUCAUGCAGGGCCUGGGCUGAGAAUCCCGAAUUCAUCUCGUGUGUGAGUACAUCUAGUGCUUAAACUGGCAUUUUGAGGCUUGAGUGACAGUACUGCCAUCAGGGCUCUCAAGACCAUCCUCUCUCCCCUUGCAGGUGAGUUGGGUAUCACCAAGUGCAGGCAAGAUGGGGCAAACAGGGUCUCUGUCCCCCACACCCCCACAAGGCACUGUCACACAGCGCUGCUCUGAGCCCCUGCCCCGCCUGGCACUGCUGCUCAGUGGCCAUGACUCGGGGCAGAGGCACCAGCCUUGACUCAGUGUCCCAGCAGAGACCAAACCCAAACAGGUGCCCAGCCCCGCUCAGGCUGUGGCACCUUAUCAGGCCCUGGCAGCACUGAGUGCCCAUCAGGGACACUGUUGUGUCUGCGGGCAGAGGCAGCGCCAGUGGGGCACGCAGGGGAGGACAGCAUUCCCCACCUCUGCCCAGGCACUGCUCCUCCAGGUCCCUGUCCCAGCACCAUCCUGUGAAACAGAGUGGGGCUGGGCUGGUGCCCCCACAGUUGUGCUGCCCCCACCCCAAGCACAGCUCUGAGGCCAUGCAGGGGCUCGGUGCUGGUGUUUGGUGCUCAAUGUAGCCCAGGUCCUCGCCUGGGACAGCCCCAUGCCCUCAGUCCUUGAUGGGGGGCUUUUUGGGAUUCCCAAGGCUGUGGAGGUCCAGACUGGCUGCUGCUCCUCAGCCACACACCCCAGCAGGGUCUGGAGCUGCCCCAGCCCUGAGGAGAGGUUGCAGCUGGCAGGAGGCAGGAGUAGAAGUGGGGCUGGGGGUCAGAAAGGGCUGUGCCCCGCCAGCUGAGGGUGGCUGUGAUGAAACCAGUGAGACCCCAGGCCCUUUGAAAGUACUUUGGGACACUAUUGGGACUCCAAUACCUCCUGCCUCCAGGCACCAUCAGCAGGACAGACCUCAGGGAGGACCUGCAGUCAAUGUCCUCCGUUCUCAGCCACCCUCCUCCUCCGCUGGAUUUACUCCCCAUUUCCAGGCAGCUUCUUCUCCCCAGCCCUCCCUCGCAUCCAUUCUGGCAUCUCCUCCCGGCCCUGGCUCCCUUCCUGCGGUUCCCACUGCCCUCUUCUCCCCGGGCUGGCAGGACAGACGGUGACCCGGCUGUGUGGGUGCUCAGCACCCGCCGGAUGCGGUCGUGGGGUGCGGGUGCGGGUGUGGGGCGGGCAAGGGGCGUGUCGGGGCUGCUGAUAACAGCGGGCGCCGUGCCGGGCAGACGGCACAGGCGAGUGGGAUGAGCCAAGGACCCCCAUCCCGGGCAGCCGGGCCCCGAGGCAGCAGAAUGGGGUCCAGCAAUCUCCUCCACACCCUCUGCAUCGUCUCGGUGCUGGCCGGGUGCCUGCACCCUGCCGCGGCCCAGUGGUUUUCCCUGGGCUCAGAGGACACCACCCCGGAUCCAGGGACCAGCCCCGUGCCCCCCACCCCGGAUGGGGAGGAAGACAGAGACGCCAGCGUGGGGAAGGUGCUGCUGAGCAAACCUCCUCUGGCAACAGCCCCUAGACGCCGUGACCAACUCUCCAGGGGGACAGCGAAGGGGUCAGACCAUGCCCCGCCACGCACACGAGGCCAGCACCGACCCACAGCCGCCCCGGAGAUCUUUGAGGGGAGCGCAGUGGAAGAGGAGUUCCUGCAGAUCCAGACAACGGCAAAGGGGCUGCCCCGGCGGGUCCCCUCGGCCCCGGAGACGGACCCAGCCCUCCAGAUGCACAACAUCUCCGGCUGUGUCUGCCCCGUGCGCCCCGGUCCCCCCGGCCCUCCCGGCCCAAAGGGAGACAAAGGUGACCGAGGGUUCCCUGGAGAGAGAGGCCAGCCCGGAUUCUCAGGGGAGAAAGGGAAGUCCGGCAGCCCAGGACAGCCAGGUCACCAGGGUCCCCGGGGACCCCCAGGCCCUCCGGGUCCUCCGGGACCCCCGGGACCCCCGGGUGCCUGGGGAGGCCGGGGCCAACCCGCACCUGCUGCACUGCCUGAGAGAUCAGAGAACGAGCACCUCGGAGUCUCCAGCCCUGUGGGAAACCCAGGACCCCCAGGUCCCCCUGGGCUGCCCGGCAUGCCCGGACCCCCCGGCUACCCAGGCCACGAUGGCCCCCAGGGGGCCCCUGGGCGGGAGGGAAAGCCAGGCCCCCCAGGCCCUCCAGGAGCUGUGGGACCACCUGGUUUCCCUGGGGCUGAAGGACUUCCAGGAUCUCCAGGCUCAGCUGGGCCAGAUGGACCCCCAGGGGCACCCGGACUCCCAGGGCCUCAGGGUCCCCCCGGGGUGCCCGGGCACGAAGGACCUCCUGGUCCCCCAGGAUCUGCAUCACUCCCUGGCAAACCAGGGCUCCGAGGGGAGCCAGGAUUCCCAGGCCCAAAGGGUGAGAAGGGCGAGUAUGGGCUGCCAGGCAUGCCAGGGAGCCCUGGCCGGACCGGAGAGCCAGGGUCCCCAGGCAUGCCCGGUCCCAUGGGGCCACCAGGACCACCAGGGGACUACAGGUGUGACUCACGCCACGCUGGACACCGUGGAUUGGCCGGGCCGAUGGGCCCCAAGGGAGAAAAGGGCGACCCUGGAGAGCCGGGGUGCUGCUAUGGGGAACACGGGUGCAAACCAGGCCAUCUCCCCUUCCCCAGCACUGGCAGCCAGCCCGGCUCCUGGGGGUCCAUCCACAGGUUCCAGACGGAUAGCAAAGAGGAACCAGAGAUUUACGGAGCCAUCAUCCCCCAUGGUCUGCGAGGUCCCCCUGGGAACCCUGGCCCCCCUGGACCCCCCGGCCCCCCUGGCCCACCAGGUCUCCUCUACCUCAAUAGGGUGCACCCCGUGCAUGCCCAGCCGCCCUGCAAGCAGCCGGCACCUGCAGACCGCAGCUGGCCAUCAGAUGCUGGCGUCCCUCACACAGAGCCCUCAGACUCCCGUGGUGAUCUCCAGCGCCAGACGUGGGUUUUCAAGUCCAAGGAGCUGAUGGUGAAGGCGAGCAGUGCUGUGCCCGAGGGGAGCCUGGUCUACGUGCGGGAAGGGAGCAACGCCUUCCUCCGGACCCCCACUGGCUGGAGCCGCCUCCUGCUGGAGGAUCCAAAGUCAUUCCUGGCUGGUGAUGACCCUUCUGCCUCCACCCCACAGUACCAGGAGGCAAAGAGGGCGCAGCCAAGAGGUUCCAACAUUCUGUCACCCAUGCAGUCUCCAACAGACUCACUGAUUCAGAAGGAGGAGGAACAAGGGCUGCCCCAGAUUCUGCCAACCACCAUCGCCCCACGGAUCCCAUCUCUCCGCCUGGCUGCCCUCAACGUGCCCCUCUCUGGUGACAUGAGCGGGAUCCGGGGCGCUGACCUGCAGUGCUACCGGCAGUCACAGGAGGCCGGGCUCUACGGAACCUUCCGGGCCUUCCUGUCAUCCCCCACCCAGCACCUGGUGUCCAUCGUCAAGCGGACAGACAGGACCCUCCCCAUCGUCAACCUGAAGGGGCAGCUGCUGGCCAAGUCCUGGAGCUCCCUCUUUGGGGGUCAGUCUGGUGCUGCCCUGCAGGGUCCCAUCUACUCCUUCAAUGGGCGCAACAUCCUGCUGGAUCCGCUCUGGCCCCGGCGGUUAGCCUGGCAUGGCUCCACACCGCGGGGUGGCCAUGCCCGCCGAUGGGAUUGCCAGGGCUGGCGCAGCUCUGGCACAGCCGAGGGCGUGGCCACUGCCCUGGGCGAGGGCCGGCUGCUGGCUGGGCAGCGGCACAACUGCUCCACACCGCUGGCCGUGCUCUGCAUCGAGGUGGCUUUCCCUUACCGGCACAUGUGGUGA